AUGGUGGAUGCAGUUAGGAAGAUGCCUUCCUCCUCUUCCCUCCCCUUGCUUGAACUGUGUAAUGUUGUACUGCCACCUCGUGGCUCCUUCAUCGCCAGCUCAGAAAAAAAGCCUCAGCUUGACAAAGCCAGACAAGCCAACCACAGAGGUUCUGGAGCAGAGGCUGCAGGAGGAAAGCAGAUCUUUCUCUUGGUAUGCAUUCUCCAAGUCGAUUGCCCACAAGACCUGGGUGGAAGAGGUACCUACCAGGACACAAGUGGAAGUCAUCAAGCAUGUUGCCCAGAGCUGCCAUCUUUACCUGAGCUCAGUGGAAAGUCUGACAUCAACACAGAUUUUGCACCCAAGCCCCCUUCUCAAGAAUGUUCACCAAAGCAGCUGGGACAGUGCAAGCCUGAGGCUCAAGAACCUUGUCGGGGUUCCUGCAUGAACAGCCCAGUAACUCAAUGGAGCAAAACAGAUGACUUGGGACAAGGUGAUAACCAGACACCUGCAGUUACAGGGGAAGCUGUGGAAGCAGUGCCGGCCCGGGAAGGUGAGGCCUACGCUGACUUGGGUGGUGAGGAAAGAAAGGAGAGGAAUUCAGAGUUUGAAUUUGCAAGAUUUGGCUGUAACUGCAUGAGGACACAAAACAAGCUACUUGUACCGUUAAUCAAUUUCACUUUGUCACCAACUUCAAAUGUUAAAUGUGGAAAAUGUAGCAGCAAAAUUCGCAUCCUGGCAGCUUUCCCUUCCCUUGCGGCCAGCACCGUGCAUCAUUCACACAAGCUUGGAUCAAGUUUGCCUGCCCUUGGCCAAGGAGGGUCCCCGGUUACAGGUGUGGACCUGCUCUUUCUAGCCCUCACCUGCAGCUCCUUCUGUGUUCCUGCUGACUCCCUGGGGACCCACCUGGACAAUGUCACCUUCAGAGGCCGACCACCCCACAGGCUACAUCUCUGCCUAUUGCCCUGCAAGGUUGUUGGACUUCCACUUGCAAAACAGAUCAGGGGAAACAAAGGGAAAAGAGUGGCUGCCAUAAGCCAGUACACAAACUACAACUGUAACCGUGUAAUCCCCACGAUGCAACAACCUGCUAAUAAUCAUUCUCUGGGGAAGGACAAGGACAGUCCAGAGAAAGACUUACUAUUGGAUGAGGAGACUCAACCAGCCCUGUGUGAUCAGGAGAACAGCAACUCCAACAGGGUUCCCUGGAAGCUUCCAGAAACACAACCUUGUAGCUGCAUGGAGAAGACAGAGUCACCCCAGCCAGAGGAACAAUCCCAAGACUGCAAGACUUACCUGGGUAUCUCCUCUGAGCAGCACUGUGAGAACCAGGGGAAUCUGCUCCACUUUGACAGGCAAGCCCCGAGCCGAAUUUCCACCUCUCCCACUUUGAGGAGAUUAAGGAACAGUGGCUGUGGUACUUCGCGCUCACUGUCUCAGCAAGAGACGUUCAAAGUGCCCACCUGGGGAAGCUGGAAGGCGCCUGCAGUCUCCUCGCAUUUCUUAUCCCAAAGCCUACCUGGAAGCCUACAGGAUUCUUUCAACCUCUCGUCGCCUGUGAGGACAAAAGUGGACUGGACUCCGAAAGUGCCUCUGGACGCUGAUAGUGCCCUCAAUGCUGCUGACUUUUUCCAGCCCCAAACAGGGCCCGCUGAGGAGCAUGCCCCUCCAGAAUCUCCAUCCAUCAAUGAGGGGUCCCUCCCCCAGGCCUCUCUCCCAGGGACUGGAGGCCAGUCACUGCCCAGUCUCACACCACGGUCCCCUACGCCUCAGGGUCCAGAGAGCCACCCUUGCAGGUUCUUCGAGCACAGGCGAAGCUCUGUGGUGCUCAACUUACCUGGACUUGAGAUGUUCCCCGGGGACCUUCUGGUGUCAGAUGGAGCUGCCGAUUACAUGUGCCACCCACUUCUGGUGCUGAAUUCAGAAUCCAAAAAACCCAGAUGGCCUUUCUCCAAGAGAGGAGUGGGCAAAGACAGACACAAGCACAUAUCAGAUCUGGAAAACUGCCUCUCCUCUGUGAAGAUUAUAGACUUCAGGGGCUCCAAGUUCCAUAACCUUAAGGAUAAGACCUGGAAUGAAGUCAUGGAAAUACAUCAAAAUCUUCCCACUGAUCAGCUAGACUUGAGGAAGCAGCAGGAGGCCAUGUGGGAGCUCUUCACCAGCGAAUGCACUUACUUCCUGGACCAUUUACUGGUUCUUAAAGUGAUCUUCAUGAAUACACUAAAAUAUCUACAAGAUCAUGAGUAUCUCCUGGAUGUGGAUUUAUGGAGGCUUUUUGCAAACCUGGAAGAGUUAAGUCAGACAAGCUCUGGUUUCGUGAACAGCCUUUUCAGCAUCAUCAAGGACUAUGUUGAUGCUUCUGAGACUUCACCGCCAAUGGAUUUCAUUUCUGUGCUUGCAAAGUAUUUCCGAGGGAGCCUCUGUCAGAGCCACCAGACCUACUGCCUGAAUUACUCAGCUGCUGUCUUUUAUCUGGAGAGCCUGAGGCAGAGAGAUGACUUUGGAAUUUAUUUAAAAUGGUGUGAACAAAAUGAACAGUGCAAACGGCUUCACCUGCCUGAGCUAUUAGUGGCCCCAUUACACCGGUUGACUCGAUAUCCCUUGUUGCUGAAGAAUAUCUGGAAAAGGAGUACAGAUUCCACGGAGAAAAUCAUGAUCUACUCCCUCAAGGACAAGGUGGAAAAGUCAAUUCGGGAUCUUGAAGGAAAGGUGAAGUGGCUUGACAAUUUCCAAAAAUGUAGACAUCUACAGGAGAUUAUAGUGUGGCCUCCACUUUGGGACAGAGAUAAAAGGUUUUUCAUCCCAGAGGGCCUGAAACACAUUUUUAAAGAACACACGGCAGAAAAUAUCUUGUCACCAACCAACAGACACCUUCUCUAUGAGGGAAAAUUAACUCUCGCAGAAAACACAAGAUUCCUAGAUGUUUAUCUGUUCCUCUUUGAUGAUUUCCUCUUAGUUACAAAAACCAAGCGCAACAAGAAGAAACCUGGAGGCUCAGACCCUGGUUUAAUAUGCCCUUCACUUACUCCUGAGUUGCAAACAAUAAUAAAAGAGGGCGGUUCAUGCACAGUGCUCGAUCAGCCCAUCCCUCUGGACAGAGUGCUGGUCAGAAGUAUUGAUCCCCUCCACGUGUCAGUCUUUGGACUGAGAAAUGCUUUCCUUAUACAACAUGAAAACAGAUAUCGACAGUGUAUAGCAGCAUUCUUAUUACAAGCCCAAACGGAAAACAUUAAAAAAGCAUGGAUGGCACAAAUAGCAGCAGCAAUCUCUUGCUUCACCAAAAAUCAAGAAACGAAGAAAAUACCUUUAUUUACAUUGCCUGCAGAAUCCUCUGAAAUUUAGGGACCUAAAGCACGUGGUGUACCUUUUUAGACAUUAGAGAUCAAGGUAUUUCAUUUAAACUUGUGUAACACUUACUUAGUGAUGAGCUAGAGGAAAUACACAUUUUAAAGGAAUUCCAGAAUAUGAUAAUUGGCGCUAGGAAAAUCCUCAUUAUGAGGAAUAAUGACUGCAAAAAUAUAUGAAC